AGCCUUUUGGCUUCAGCCGUUCUGUUUUUCGGCCAACAGCGCUGAAAAAACGGUGCAUUUAGUCAUUGUCUUCUUGGCAGCGCACCCGGAUCAAAGGAACGAUGGAGAUGCAGACAGAAGUCUCAGAUCGCCCUGAAGAAGGACUCGGACCCACCGAGCGACGUUCAGAGAGUCCCAACAUCGAGACACUCUUGGAAGAAUUGCAGAAGUUUGGUCUUGCGGAGGAGGACCUUCAGAUGCUACAAGCCAAGUCUGAAUCCAAGAACCUCACCGUGGCGGUGUUGGCUCUAAUGAAAGCUGGCAAAAGCAGUUUGCUCAAUGCGAUGUUGGGCCAGGAGUUUUGCCCGGCGACUGUAGAGCCGCAAACAGCCGCCCUCCUCAGGAUUCAGCACGAUGUGGAGAGAACACAGGGUUUGCUUCUGGAUGGGACGGGUACUACACUUGCCGAAGGCCGUGCAAAUAUUUUGCAGGAGUUAAAGACGCAGAAUGAUCGGCGACGGCAAGCAGCCCAGAUCUCCACCAUCCCUGAAGAUUUGCAAGUGCAAGAGUCGCAGGAGGAGCUUCCUUCAGCAGAGGGCACGUACAUUUUGCAAGGUUCAUCCCAUGGCACGGUUUCAAUUCACGCAGUCGCAGAUCGCGCAACCUCAUGUGUAUUGGUGCUGACAUUGUGGCACAAGCCCACAAAAGCCACCCAAUACUUCGGGCUCCUGUACACAGGACCGACAUUAAAGCCAAAGAGAGGGAAGGAUUACACGGUUCUGGUACGUGGCUCCGAUGCUGCAAGAUACAGAAGCAAGUUGUGGUCUGUGGUUGUACAGUUUGAAGCAGGUGGGUUGCAGUUUCGCAUGAUGUGCUGGCCAGCGGGCACCUGCUUCUGGCCAGCCACUUCAGCUUUGAAAUCGAGCUCGCCGCCCUGUAUUCUCCGAGCUGAGUGUAUCCACGGUGACCCCACAGGCUGGUUUUCAUCCCAAAAAGGAGUUGCCACAUACACAGAUUGGGGCUUUGAAGAAAAGGCCGACUCUCCUAUUAGUGUGGGUGACAAGUUUGCGGUUCAAGCGGUUCGCUUCUGGCAGAAUUGGCUGCAAGACUGUGAUGGCCACUACAUGCGCUUGUUCAGCAGUCUUGGCAGUAUACAAUUCCGCUUCCUCACAGCUGACGACUCACCAGUGUGGCAGGAAAGGGUUCAAGUGUGUCAUAAUGGACAGUGGCAUGAUGGGACGGUGACCUGUGUCUCUGAUUGGCGUUACACAGUGGAAACCGACUCAGGCUCGCUCAUUGAAGAGGUUGAGGCCCAUUCGUUGUUGCCCCUGCCAGUGUCUCCUUCUGAGUGCAAGUGGGAGAAGGCAGAUGAGCAUGACGACUUGCAGGCUCAAGCACACCUGCAGCAAUCUUCGUCUUGUUUGACUUUGCAUGCGCCUGUGCUAUCAUUUGAUUCGUGUGCGUCAUUGGGGCUUUCAGGUAGCUUCACUCUCAUGGAUACGCCUGGACCCAAUGAAGCGCAAGCCGCUCUCAAAGUUGAGUUGAAGUUAGCCAUCGAAUCUGCGGAUGUGAUCAUUUACCUCUUGGACUACACCAAGAUAGGAUCGACUGAUGAGCAGCAGAUGUUUGACCAGCUCCGUGAGAGCUGUGAGGCUAUGAUCUCCAAGCAAUCUUCCCGUUUCUGGUUCCUUCUAAACAAGAUUGAUGAGAAGAAAGAAGUGGAUGAUAUUGACAAGAUAAAGGACUUUGUGUCACAGCGGAUUCGGAAGAUGCUCAAGGACAUUCCAAUCCACCCUCACCAGAUUGUGCCUAUAUCAGCCAAAAAGGCCUACUUUGGUCGCCAGGCACAGUUUUCAGAAGGAGAACGCCUCCACAAGGAUCCUGAGUUUCGUCAAGAGUUUGAGAAAAUUGCCUUCGGAGAAAGCGCAAACAGCCUAAAAGACAGCAUUCCACCAGAAGUUUUCACAAUGCUGGCCACCCAAGCAGCAGAAAGCAUGGUCAAAGGCUCAGAAAUAUGCAGCUUUGAAGAGCAAGUGUUGCACAGCAUCAUGAAGGACAAGGAGCGGAUCAUGGCAGAGAAGCUGUGUGACGCAGCAGUGUCUAUUCUAGAUGUCGUGGACAAUUCUGCACAUUUUGAGUUGGCUGCCCUUGGAGCUACCCAGAACACGCUAACGAAACGAGUGGAGAAAGGCAAGGCCUUGGUUGAACGCCUGAAGAAGCAGCUCAUGGCUAUGGAAAAGGACAUUGCUGACAAGAACCAUGAGGAGAACUUUGAGCAGAUCGUAGCAGCAGCGAUCGACAAGAUGUUUGGCAACGCCAAGAAAAUGAUUGACUUCCUUUUCGAUGCUCGGUCGCUGCAAGAAUUGGAGGUUGGCCUGAGAGUGUGGGUGCAGCUUUGGGGUGAAGACGGCAAACUUAAGGUGCCAGCAAAGUUCAAGAGCCGCGAGGAGGCGGAAAGGUUUGUCCAGAGUCAGAAUACAAAGCUGCAGAGCAUGCUGCAUCAAUUUUGUCAGUAUGAGUGCAAGGGAAUGGCGAUUGAAUUGAACGAGGCUAGUGGGAAAUUGCAAGAUGAUGUGCGAAGGGCUGCUCGGCCUGUGCUUGAAUUCAUGUUGAAGGAGGCUGGCAGCAUGCUGGAUUUGAACAUGAAGACAGAGAGCUUUCGCUUCCAACAUGUUGCGGACACCAAUGUUGAGGAACUCUUGAAAAUGGGAGCCAGGCAUGAGUCACUCUUCAAUGAAAACACGACGAAGGUCCAAAGAUCUCGGAUAGAAAAAGCGCCUUGGUACUUUUUGGGCCUCUUCCGGUGGGGGACGUAUGACAAACAAAUCCCUUACAUCGCCAAAGUCGUUGACUCGCAUUCGGUGAAGGGGUCUUCUCUCAAAAAGUUGUGGAAACAGCACAUUGGCCUGGCCCGGGAAGAGAUGCACAAACUGAUCAUGUCUGGGAUCAAGCAAGUCAUCUCAUACGAGCUGAAGCAUGCCAAGGAUCACAUCCAUCACCGGUGUAAUGAGCUGCUGACAAUCAUCAGUGAGAAUCAUGAUCGCUAUGAGUUGGAUUGCGAAGCGGCUAGCAGUCGCAAGACUGAAUUGCUGGCAAAGUGCAAGCGGUGCUCAGAGAUCUUGAACUAUGUCAAAGCUGUUCGAAAGGAGUGUGGCUUGGUGUGCAACGAUAGCAGUUCCACAGAGGAUACAGACCUUGGAGAGCCUACGUGCACCAGCUGCUCUGAGCAGGGUGGCGAGGAAGAUCCGCCGAUCUCGCCACUUUGUGGUCCAUGUGACCAUGCCAUCGAUUUGCAAUGGGAGGGUGACGAAGAGCCCUUUUGCGUGUUGAUCGAUGGAAAGCCUUGUGCUUCCCAGGGGAAUGGCUCUUUGCGAUCGCCAAAGUUGCCCUCCCAUUGUGGCCAGUUUGACGUGGAGAUUCAGUGGAAGAGAUCUUUGCCCAUGACUGCUUACAGUGGAGCCUUCACCACGCACUUUCCCGGUGAAAUUUGCAGCAUUGAGCCAUCUAGGGGACCCACAAGAGGUGGCUUCAAGGUCGUGUGCACCACAACAGACAUGGUGGCACCCAUAUCAGAGCUUUCAAUUGGCGGCAGGCCUUGUCAGCUGUGUGAUGUCGCACCGUCGACAACAACGACGGCUGCCUUUAUUCUCCCACUACGGUUCCCUGAGGGCCCAGCGAAAGUGGAAGUCAGAUCGAAGAAUGGGAACAUGGUUUGCCAGGAAGGUGCUUUUGUAUUCCACCCAGCGCAAGAGUUUGACAAAGACACCAUGGGCGAAGCGGUUGAAGUUUGUAGUCAGGGCCAGUCUGCUAGAAGAGUGAAGGAGGCAAUGCAUGGAGUUUGCUUGGGCCGGCCAAUGCAGAUGGGCAAGAAUGGCUAUGAAUUUACCAUUUCCGUGGAUGCUUUUGACCCAACUGCUACCGGACGAGUGCUUGCGGUUGGCUUCUACAACGGAGAUGAGCCAGCCUACGUCGCUCGGCAAGAGGAGGCCAAGACCUGCGCUGGCUGCGUCAUUGGUGGGUAUGAGAGCCGUGGAUCCCAUUGCUAUCAAGAUGGAGUUGGUCAUCAUGUCACUCCCAAGCCCGGUGCCCGCAUCUUUCAGGACAUGAAAGAGAGCAGCAAGAUUCGAGCUGUGUGGAGCCACUCAGAGUCUGAGGAAUCGUCUUUUCAAGUCUUCCUGGAUGGCUUGCGGGUCAUGCAUGAGAAGGUGAAGCCUCCAAAGGGCACCAUACGGCCUUUGGUCGAUUUGCAAGGCCAUGCUCGGCAGGUAUCAUUCUUGGACGACUGUUGAGCAAAACCAGAUGCAUUAGCCACACCCAGGUUCUUCAAUCUGGGACUUUGAUAGUGCACGUGUGCGAA